ACUCAUCCAAAAUAGUCCCAAUGAUGAACCUUAGCUUAAGUUGUUAAUACAUUUACAAGAAAUAGCAGCCUGGAUAAUUAAGGGCUAUUUUACAUCUGAAAAAGUACUUUAUUUAGUUUUAAAAAAGAUGCAUUUUUAAAGACACCCAGUGCAAACAGGGCUUAUAAUAGCCCAGACUCCUCCCCCGGAGUUGUCCUGGGAAACACUAACAACUGAGAGAAGAAACUGUGAGAAACUGGAGGAAAGUGCUCUCAAAGCUCCUGUACCUGCAGGUGUGAGACCCUCCGUCGCUCAUACAUUUUUAUUUUACAGUUAAAAGUAGUUUUUAAAGGACUUAAAAACUGCCGGUCCAUCGUCCCGGAGGAAUAUUAAUAUGCAACCAAAAGCUGCUUCACUUCUCUGAGAUCAAAGUGUCCAGGGACAUGAAACUCAAUCCACAGCAAGCUCCUCUCUAUGGGCGUUGUGUCAUCACGGUUCAGCUCGCUGAUGAAGAGCUGGCUGAGGAUGAGGAUGGCGUGGAUUACUUCCUGCUGUUCGCUGGCAGCACACAGAGACACUUGACCAGCACCCUAAGGAGCAGCCAUGACACCCUGCAGGCGCUGUGUCCCGCCCACGACUGCUGCGAGGCGGUGUUUGUCACCCUGUGUUCAGCGGGCCGCGGCCCCCCCGAGGAUCUGAACCCGGGUCAUGUGACGCCGCUGGGCGAGCAUCGAUUCAGCUUCGUCCAGGAUUUGGCUUUUGACAUGGCCCAGUUCCUGGUGAGCACCGCGGGGCGCUCUGACGGCCUCGAUGGCGCUCUGCUGCUGGACGAGUGUCAGAUUCCCCUGCAGGAGUGUGAGCGUCUGGACGAGAGCCUGGAGCUGGCUCUGCACCACCUGCUCCUGCCGCCAGGGUGGAGCUUACUGGGCAACAAACUCUCCAACAGCACUGACCUGGAUCCUCAGGAGACUCUGCUCCACUUCUCCGCUCGUCGGGGUCUUUAUCGGGUCACACACUUCCUUCUGCAGCAACCUGGAGCGAGAGAAGCUCUGCGAUUGGUCAACAGACAAGGCCACACCCCCUCCGCUGUUGCAGAGCUGAGAGGAAACGAACGCCUCGUCGAGCUCCUCAAACAGGCUGAGACGGACAGAGACACUGAGAGCAUCCAGCCGGUGUGCACGGACGCACGGGUAGUCUGCCACCUCCCCAGGCUGAACACACACACCCUGACGCUAAGGAUACACCCCGGCCUCGACCCCCCGACCCUCCAGAGGAGCGUGGAGCAGCUGCUGCACCUGAAACACCAUCUCAAGGGGGUUUCGGUACUGGAGCUGCACUUUGAUUCUCUGCACACAGCAGCUGAAUGUUGUGAUGGUGUGGAGGAGAUAACCUGUCAGGAGCGACUACAGCUGUCGGAGAGCUCGGAUACAACAAGCUGGGUGGAAAGCUGCUCCGUGGAAAGCAGCAGCAGUGUUGAUUGUGGACAUGGUGAGACUGGGAGUGCUGAGAGAGACUUGGGUUUGUCUCUAAGCGCUUCAACGUCAGACACACGGCCUCAGGAGCAUGGCCUCGGACCCCGGGUGUGUCCACGUUCAAACACUGAGAGAGAUUACUGCCAACCGGAGCAGGAGGGAAGAGGGCAGCCUGUGGUUCCCACCCAGAGUUUGAGCAGUGAAGCAGCAGCAGAAGAGGAUAGCCUCACUGUGGGAAUCUUUCUACCACCAACUGAAGGCAGUGAUAAACAGGCGGAGGAAACUGAUAAAGACGAGGCUGCGAUCUGGGAAGGACAGGAGGUCGAGGAGGGAAAGGACAGAUCAGAGCAGGAAGCAGAGGAAAGCACAGUUAGAAAGAGGGAGGAGGACACGGAGUCAACAGAUCCCAUAACGCCCUGUGGAGACGCAAAAACCUCAAUCAUGGGCCAGUCGCCGUCGUCAGAGGGCUCCGAGGUUUCUGACGCCUCUGACUCUGAAAUUAAAGAGUGCUGUGAGGAAGGAGGGACUAAUGGGGACGUCUCUUUAGAGCAGGAAGGGUUAACAGAGCUUGACCCCAGUCCAACACUGAUAGACGGCGCUGAUGUAAUCAAGGAGCCUCAAUCUGCUCUCUCGAUAGAAGGCCUCCACGAGGGGGAACCUCCACCAGACACGAACAGCCUGGAACAAAACCAGGAAACAGCUGGUCGGGAUUACGCUACAGAGCAGCAGCAGGCAACAGAAACAGGUUGUCAUUCUGGGAGUGUGACGGCAAGCGAAGGAGAGGUAGACGAUGAAGUCGUUCCUUCCGGAUGCAGCGCGGAAAGUUUGUCAAUGGACGAUCCUGAGGACACCGCUAAUUGCGUGGCUCCUGCUAACUCCAUGGAGGAUUUACGAGCUGAUCCAUCACCCGACCUCAUCCCCAGCUCCAGUGACACACACGCUGAUCGAGAUCCAGAGAUGAGCCGUGGCAUCUCCAGCGAUGACGAUGAUGGUAGUUUCCGAUCGGUGGGAAGCUCCACAACGGAUAUAUUCCACCCGUCUCAGGAUGAUGCUAGUGUGGGGGAUCAGGGCACAGUCCAGAGUGCUGUAGAAGGUGUUUCCUCAACAGGGUUAAAGAUGGAGGAUGAUUCAAGAGAAGGCGAAAGCAAUGGACCAACCGUGGGUGAGACGGACACUUUGACAUUAACGGACUGCAGCCACACUGAGCCAGAAUCACAACCCAACUUCCAGACAAAGGAGGCGUUGAAUCCUGAGGGAGACGUAGAGCAACUUGCUGCAGAACUUUCCAAAGUGGAUCUAUUAUUGUGUGAAAGUGGAGACGCUCCGAUGACGGUUGAAGACGCCGAGACUGAGCAUUUUGCAUCAGAGGACGCCAGCAGUGUUUUAUUUAUUAUAUCUCCUGCAGAAGAAAGUGAAGCAAUUAGCUCAAAUGACACCAGUGAAGCAUCUGCAGCUGGAAAGAGUGGAGACGUGGAAUCGGGGCGACCCAAACAGGAUAAUUCAGCGGAUGAAAGGUCACCUGAUGAGGGAUUAAGGCACUCAGAGGAUCAGAUCGAUGCGUCUUUAUCCGACGGUGUCACUCCGCUGAGCAAUGAAGCAUCCGGCGGACCUGAUGCUGAGACUCUCGACUCAUUGGACGGAGGACCACAAAGCCCCAGCGGUGCACUUCAAGAGGGCGAAGUCAUCGUGUCUGAAGAAGCUGUUGUUGCUGCAGGAGAGGAAGAUGAUGUUCGCUCAGAGGAAACACACAGCUCUACG